GUAAUUGUAUCAGAAGCUCGCCUCUUCAAGCUCCAGCCAGGCCAGGUGGGCAAAGAUCCUUAAUUUCCUCGGAACCCCAGCAACAGCGGAUCAUUUUCCCAGUCUCGUUAUUGCCAACGGAAACUUUCCACGUUCAUUCGGUUCAUGGGACAAUGUCUGCGUUUGUGUUCCGUUUGAUUCGUCCGACAGGAUUCAUGGGAAGUGGAAAAAUCUCAGCAUACUGAUGUUAUUAGCUAUCCAUCGAGGUAUUUCGGCUUCUGAAGGAUUGCUGUUUGAGAUCCAAGAAAGAAAAGUUUAGAGCGAAGAGAAUCAAAAUAUUGGAGCAGGACCAAAAAUGAAAAGCCAGGGCAGUUAUGUGCCGCCUCCUUACAUCCCAUUGGGGCAGUCUGAUAAAGACCCAGAUGAGGUUGUUCCAAACAGUGCAGUCCCCGUUGAAAAUGGGCCCGCGGGGGCAAAUCCCACUCGGUGGUCUUCUGGGAUCUGUGCUUGCUUCGAUGACAUGCAGAGCUGUUGUGUAGGUCUUUUUUGCCCCUGCUAUUUGUUUGGAAAGAAUGCAGAGUUUCUCGGAUCGGGAACUUACAUGGGUUCCUGCACUACCCACUUUCUCCUGUGGAGCCUCGUUAAUACUAUCUGCUGCUUGGCGACGGACGGCCUCUUCUUGGGGCUACCAGGUUGCUUCGUGGCUUGUUAUGCUUGUGGGUAUCGCCGAACCCUGAGGUCGAAAUAUAACUUGGAGGAGGCGCCUUGUGGGGACUUUGUUACUCAUUUUUUCUGCCAUCUGUGUGCAUUAUGCCAAGAAUACCGGGAAAUUCGUGAGAGGGCAGGCGACUCGAAUUCUCCAGACCUUACCUUAACGGUGGUCACAGCUCCAUCAGUCCAGACAAUGGAAUCGACUUUGGAAGAGUGAAGUGUUACCUUAUGAACUAGAACUACGCUCAUGUGCUCUGCUGGCAGCCCAGCCCGCUCUCACUCCUAUCCGGUACAUUUUGUAAAAUCUCGGUCACUGCUCUGAAUAUUGCACUAGCUCGUGGCUCUUGCAAAUUUUUUCCCUCGAUUACGGACAGGGAAGCGUACAAAGUAAACACGCCACCUCUCCCUGCUGGGCACUGAUGUGUUUUUUUCCGGUUGCACAUCUCCUUACUAUUGAGUAUUGAUGGAGUCAUGGUUACAUAGAUUUUCUACUACGAAUUUCAUCAAUUUUUCUUGUAGUAGUGACCCUUUAAAUUAUUGGGUUAUCAUGCUGUUCUGAUCCAGGAAAAGUUUCCCUUCC